AUGGGUUCAUCUAUUUCACACUCCACUUCUGACUUAGACUUAGAAUCAAUGGAAUCUAUAGAUGUGAAUGGGAUAUCUCUUUCUCAUAAAGUAGUAUCUUUAGUUCCUGAUUUUAAUAGUCACGAUAUUGAUAUAAAUACAAUUACUGCGGUAUUUGUUGCGAAGCUAAUAGAAGAAGCAGAGAAAAAACUUAGAUCCUCUGAAUAUGGAAAAUAUCUAAAGCUCCUUCAAAGAGCAACACAAUUAGGUUCUGCGUGUGCGGCUGCCAAGCUAGGAGUUGAUAUUACACUAUUACUUGAUGUAGUGAUAGGAUUAACCGACUUAUAUCGAUCAAAAUUAAACAAUCGAUAUGAUGAAGAUAUCAUUAAUCAUGGAGUAAAACUUAUGCGACUUAUAGAUGAUAGAUUACAAGAUCUAUAUUUUAUUAGAAUUUUAAAUUAUAAAGAUGUACAACAACGUAGAGCAAUUCGAAUUCAUAUCAAUUUUUGUAUUGCACUGACAGCUAUGGCCGCUGGGGAUGUUUUUGAAUCAGCAAUGUCAUUUCAAGAAUGCUUAUUAGUGGGAGAAUGUGGAUUUUCACCAGCAGAUAAAUUAGUUCAAAGUUCUCAAACAAAUAUCAAAUUAAUAGAAUCUAGUUUACCCCGUAUACCACCAAUUUGUGUACAAUGUGAAUAUGCACCUAAAAAUUUGAAAGAAAUUUGGAAAUUAUUGGUUUGUCCUCAGUGCAAAGAUGUGGGAUGUUGUGGGAAAGAUUGUUUAGAAAAGCAUAUGUCCACUAAAUGUGUCGGAUCAAAAUAG